UCUUAUUUCAAAUAUUAUAUCUUUUCAUCACACUACUCUCUCAACAGAUUUACACUCCCUUGAAGAAGCCAUCAUAUUCGUGUGUUCUUUUUAUAUUGGAAUAACGGUCCCAACAACGUUGCGCACGGAAGCUGAACCAACCAAAACCAGCGGAGAAAAACAAGAGAGAAGAACACACGCCCUAAAUGGCGGCCACAUUGUCCGACGACCUCCGUACGCCGAUGCUCCCGGCGGCCGAGAAGAAGGCGGAGGUGGAGAAGAUCUGCAUCGACGAGAUGCUGCAGAAGUAUUGCGGGGAGUUUGGGCGGUGGCAGCUGAAGCACUUUGUCCUCACCAGUCUUGCUUGGGCGCUUGAGGCGUUUCACACCAUGGUGAUGAUUUUUGCCGAUAGAGAACCGGAUUGGAGGUGCGUCGCCGGCUCCGGUUGCAGCGCCGCCGUGGGAAGUGUUUGUGGUCUCCGUCCGGGGGAGUGGGAGUGGGUCGGCGGGAACGGUGCGUCGACGGUGUCAGAGUGGGGAUUGAUUUGCGGUGAGAAAUAUAAGGUGGGGCUGGUCCAGGCCAUCUUUUUCGCCGGCUGUAUGAUCGGUGCUGGCGUAUUUGGUCACCUCUCAGACUCCUCUCUUGGAAGGAAAGGCUCUCUCACAGUGGUUUGCGCCCUCAAUGCAGUCUUCGGCUGCUUAACAGCAAUGUCCCCUAACUACAUCACCUACGUCUUCCUCCGCCUCCUCACCGGCUUCACUACCGGUGGUGUCGGCCUCUGCGCCUUUGUCCUUGCCACCGAACCCGUCGGCCCCACCAAGCGAGGCGCUGCGGGAAUGUCCACCUUCUACUUCUUCUCCACCGGCAUCGCGCUCCUAUCCGGCAUCGCCUAUGUCUUCCAAACAUGGCGAACCCUCUACAUCGUCACCUCCAUCCCCUCGUUCCUCUACAUCCUCCUCGUCCUUCCCUUCAUCUCUGAGUCCCCAAGAUGGUACCUUGUUCGUGGAAGAAUAACCGAGGCCACAAAGAUCAUGUCCUCGAUCGCUUCAUCCAACGGAAAGCACCUACCAGAAGGGGUGCUUCUCGGACUGGAUGAAGACGUAUCAGCAUCAGGAUCAGCAUCAACAUUACCAUUACUAACACACAAUGGCUCAUGCAACAAGGAUGCAGUUGCUGGGUCCAUAGUGGACGUGCUUCGCUCUCCCAUAACACGCAUUAGAUUGUUCCUAGCCGUGACUCUAAACUUCUUAGCCUCUGUAGUGUACUAUGGUCUCAGUUUAAACGUGACGAACCUCGAAACCAACCUCUACAUGAGCGUAUUGCUGAACGCGGUGGCCGAGAUGCCUGCGUUCACGAUAACCGCGGUGUUGCUGGACAAGUUCGGGAGGAGGCCGCUGGCGAUAGGGACAAUGUGGUUCAGCGGGUUCUUUUGCUUUUUGGGGUGUCUGACUGGAAAUGUUGGAGUGUGGAAGGUGGUGAGGAUGGUGUGCGGUGUAUUGGGGAUUUUUGGGAUGGCGGGGACUUAUAACUUGUUGUUUAUUUACACGUCGGAGCUGUUUCCCACGGUGGUGAGAAAUGCCGCGCUUGGUUGCGCCACGCAGGCCUCGCAGAUGGGGGCUAUACUGGCGCCGGUUGUGGUGGUUAUGGGUGGUGCUUGGCCAUUUGUGGUGUUUGCUGCCUGCGGGAUGUUUGGUGGGGUGUUUGCGUUUUAUCUGCCGGAGACGCUGAACCUGCCACUCUAUGAUACUUUUAAUGGAUUAGAAGCUGGACUUGCAUAAUGCUGUGUCUAUUAGUACCACUAUCUACAUGUUUAUGUGUUAGGCAAUUGUUUUGCUUUUCUUUUCAAUUUUGCUUUGAUAUGGCAAAUUUUUGUACAAUAGAAAAAAGAAAUCUCAGAAGUUUGAAGGCUUUACUUUGUGGGAAAAAAGGGUAGAUAUAUUGCUUAAACUUGAGAGCAUUUCAGAUUUGGUUCUUAUCUCCCUUGAGUUGAACACUUCAAAAAAUUAUUACAUAGUGUAAUUCUCUUAAACUCGUUUCAAA